CAACGACAAACCCUUUUCCCUCUCUUUUCAAACCCUCGUUUCCCUCCUUUCUCCAAAACCCUAACCCCCAAAAAUUUCAUCCAUUUUCUCCCCGUUAACUUAAAAUUCCUUCCAUCCCACCAAAAUUUUCCCUCGAAAUUUCACUCUUCGCCGUUCCAAGACCUUCAAAUCUUGAUGCCUCUCUUUUUCUUUGGUUUCAUUCCCUCCGUCUGUGUUUUGAAACCCUAAACUCCUAAUUCUUGCUCCUAAUUACGCAAUCAGCAUGUGUGUCUUACUCCCUGCACCCGCUGAGCCCCGGCGGGACGAGAUGGACGCUCUUUUGGAACCACCGAGUACUCUUUCCAGAACCCUAGAUUCCGCACAAUUGGUUCCUCCGUUCCCUAAUCCGAACGACUCCUUCUCCGUAGAAACCCUAGCCUCCGACAACGCUCGUCCGUCGGCCGCCGCGGCGACACCUGCCACCGGCGAUGAUAUCUAUUCCGCCAUUAUAGGUAAGGAAGAUCCGCUCGAGGAUCUGGACCCGUCUUCCUCGUUUCGCAUCUUUGACGACGAUUUGUCUUCGUCGUUCACGGCGGCGCCGGCGCCGUUGUCGUCUUCGAAAGAUUCCGAUUCUUGGCUGUUCUCUGGAGACGCUGGUGAUGAGCCUUCGAUGAACGAGGACUCUGGUUCCGCGGUUGUACCUUCUAGAGUGGGAGCGGGGCUUUGGAAUCUUGGUAACACAUGCUUUCUAAAUGCGAUUGUGCAGUGCUUUACGCACACAGUGCCGCUAGUCCAGGGUCUUCGAUCAUGCAUUCAUUCUGCACCUUGCGACGGUGAUGGUGAUAGGUUUUGCGUUAUUUGUGCCCUCCGUGAGCAGAUUGAAAGCUCCUUGGGAGCUUCAGGAGGAGUUCUUUCACCUUCAAAGCUUGUUGAUAAUUUGAACCAUUUUUCAUCCAUGUUUAGAAGAUACCAGCAGGAGGAUGCCCAUGAAUUUAUGCAGUGUGUCUUAGAUAAGCUUGAAAUGUGUUUUAAAGAUUUGAAAAAGAAUAGUAAGAGUUUUGAAGAUGAUAAUCUAGUAGAGAAAGUAUUUGGAGGUCGAUCCCUUAGUAAGCUGCGUUGCUGUAACUGUGGCCAUUCUUCUGACACUUAUGAACCACUGAUUGACCUGAGUUUGGAGAUAGAUAAUGUAGAUACACUUUCAAGUGCUCUGGAGUCAUUCACUAAGGUGGAGAACAUUGAUGCUAAGUUUAAAUGUGAUAGCUGCAAGGAAGAAGUGUCAAUGGAGAAGCAAAUUAUGCUGGAUCAGACUCCUUCAAUUGCAACUUUUCAUUUAAAGAGAUUUAAGACAGAUGGGACCUAUGUUGAAAAGAUUGAUAAGCAUGUAAAUUUCCCACUGGAGUUGGACUUACAGCCUUACACCAUUUCUCAUCAAAACAAUAAUGUGCCAUUGAAAUAUGAACUGUAUGCAGUUGUUGUGCAUAUUGGGUUUUCGUCUACUUCAGGACAUUACUUUUCCUUUGUUCGCUCUGCACCAGAUACAUGGCAUAAGUUGGAUGAUUCAAAGGUCACUAUGGUCUCAGAAGAAUCUGUCUUGUCUGAAGAGGCAUACAUACUGUUUUAUGCGCGACAGGGUACACCAUGGCUUUCAAGUAUUAUGGAACUAAUGCCGUGCACAGGUCCAAGUACUUUGAAUACAUCUCCAAAGUCUGUUCUAGAUAUCACUGACAACAAAUAUACAGCAAAUCCUGUUAUAACUGCAAAUACUGAAGGGAGCAAGGUUAGUGAACCUGGCAAAUUUUUGGAGCAGCAAUUUGAUUAUUCUUGUCAAAAAAGACACGAGUUGCAUGAGAUCAAUGAUGUUGGUGAUACUUCUCAUGACUGCAAGCAAUCUCCUCCUAGGCCAAAUUGUGUUGGUUUUAGUGGCUCUAAUGUUUCCCUUAAUACCCAAAUGCCACUUCCAAAUAAUGCCAUCCUGAAUGUUGGUGGUUCAUCUUUCAAUGGAAAUUCACCUACUGAUGGUAGUCCUGAUAAAAACAAGCACAGCGGGGAAGCUGUUGACAUUGCUGUGAAUGACAGUUUUCAUCCCUUAACACCACCCAGCUCACCUCUAUAUACCCCAGAUCAGAGUUACUAUAUUCCACGUGAUCAUUUGAAGUCAGAGAAUCGCAUCAGAUGUAAAAGAUCAUUAAAUACACUAGUGUUGGAUUCUGAGAGACAAGAAGCUCUGAAAUGUGUUAAGAAGAUGUCUGGUUCAAGGAAAGAAGCAUUGCUGCAGUUUGUUAGUCCAAUCAGUGAACCCUCCAACAAAAGGAAAAGGAAGAUUGAUUCUUCACUGUGUAAGAAACGCAGCCCUCAUAGUGCUUCCUCAAAAUCAAACCAUUUGCGCCCCGUGGCUGCAGGAAUUUCUCGGUGAAUACUCUGGCUUUUGGCAUUUUGAGGAUGUACUUAAAAAUUUUUUUCCUACUUUUUUUUGGUGUAAAACCCUGAGGGUUCUUGUUAUGCUGAAACUAAGCCAAUACAUUCGAUGGAAAAUGUAUAGAUAAACAUCCGGAUGUAAGAAACAUCGUUCAUUUGUUUGUAUUGGUUUUCUCUGUUU